AUGGCUUGCAUGAAAUUGGGAUCUAAAACUGAUGCCUUCCAUAGACAAGGACAGGCCUGGUUCUGCACCACUGGGCUUCCUAGUGACAUUGUUGUUGAAGUUGGAGAGAUGUCAUUUCAUCUUCAUAAGUUUCCUUUGCUCUCAAGAAGUGGGAUUAUGGAAAGAUUGAUUUCCGAAGCAUCUGAAGGAGAAGAAGAAUGUGUCAUAAACAUCCCUGAUAUUCCUGGUGGGGCAAAAACAUUUGAGUUAGUAGCCAAGUUCUGCUACGGGGUGAAAUUUGAGCUUACUGCCUCAAAUGUUGUAUAUCUUCGAUGUGCUGCUGAGCAUCUUGAAAUGACUGAGGAAUAUGGGGAGGACAACUUAAUCACACAAACUGAAGCCUUUCUCAAUCAAGUAGUCCUUCGAAAUUGGAAAGACUCUUUAAAAGCACUUCAGACUUGCGAUGACAUUCUCCCUCAUGCUGAAGAACUCAACAUUACAAAAAGGUGUAUCGAGUCACUAGCCACAAAAGCAUCUACGGAUCCUAAUCUGUUUGGGUGGCCUGUCAAGGAGCAUGGAGGCCCCAUGCAAAGUCCUGGUGGGAGUGUCCUGUGGAAUGGGAUAAGUACAGGGGCUAGACCAAAGAAAUCAAGUUCAGACUGGUGGUAUGAGGAUGUUUCAACCUUGAGCUUGCCUCUCUAUCAGAGGCUAAUUUCGGUCAUGGAAUCUCGUGGCAUUAAACAAGAGAUUAUUGCAGGCUCAAUCACUUUUUAUGCCAAAAAGUACCUUCCUGGGCUGAACCGGCGUCAAGGCACUAGUGACUCUAGUACUCGACUUGCACCAGUGUCCUUGGGGUCCCCACCGUCAGAAGAAGACCAGAAGCUCUUACUUGAAGAGGUGGAUCGGUUACUUCCAUUUCAGAAGCGUGUAGUCCCAACCAAAUUAUUGUUUGGUCUACUUCGAACAGCCAUGAUUCUUCGAGCCAACCCUUCUUGCAUAUCUAAUUUUGAGAAAAGGAUUGGUAUGCAACUUGAUCAAGCUACUUUGGAAGAUCUUUUGAUGCCCAACUUCUCUUAUUCCAUGGAGACUCUAUACAACGUUGACUGCGUGCAACGAAUUCUAGAUCACUUCCUUGCCAUGGAUCAAAUUACAGGCGGGGGGGUGUCUCCAUCUUCAAUGGAUGAUGGCCAACUGAUUGGGUCACCAGCAGGCCCUUCACUGACCCCAAUAACAAUGGUAGCCAAGCUCAUUGAUGGAUACCUGGCAGAGGUUGCCCCUGAUGUUAACUUGAAGCUCCCUAAGUUUCAAGCUCUUGCUGCUGCUGUUCCUGAAUAUGCUAGACCCUUGGAUGAUGGUCUUUAUCGUGCUAUAGAUAUUUAUUUGAAGUCACACCCAUGGUUGGCAGAGUCCGACAGGGAACAGCUCUGCCGGUUGAUGGACUGCCAGAAGCUUUCCUUGGAAGCUUGCACUCAUGCUGCACAGAAUGAAAGGCUACCCCUGAGAAUAGUUGUUCAAGUACUCUUCUUCGAGCAGCUUCAGCUUAGGACUUCAAUUGCUGGUUGCUUUCUGGUUUCAGAAAAUCUCGAUGGAUCAAGACAUUUAAGAAGUGGGUUUACCGGGUCUAACGAGGGGGGCUGGGCCACAACUGUGAGGGAGAAUCAGGUUUUGAAGGUUGGGAUGGAUAAUAUGAGGAUGCGGGUAUCUGAGCUCGAGAAGGAGUGUUCAAAUAUGAGACAAGAGAUUGAGAAGUUAGGUCGUGUAAAAGGUUCUAGCACAUGGGGAAAUGUAUCAAAGAAAUUCGGGUUCAAGAUAAAGUCCCAGAUGUGCAGUGCUCAAGAGGGAUCCGUUACCAAUCAGCAUAAUGGGAAUGAGAAAGUUGAGAAGUUUAAGGAGAGGCAUGGAAAGCUUAAGAAAGACUCUGUUAAAGAUGAAUAA